AUGGCUUGCUUGAAAAGUGAUGUUAAAAUGUAUUCGAAAACUUUGAUAGCAAUUAGUAUCAGUAAUACAAGCGAACGUCCUCUACAAGAUAUCGAUGAAGAACAAGUGAGCUCUCUAUGCUUUCAGCUAUUGAUUGAAGUUAUUUAUCGUUUUCCACAAACAUUGACAGCACAACAACAAAUGAUUGAAGAAUGUCGUGAAAAUGAUGUAGAUAACCCAUCUCAAUUACGGUUAAUUGGUACACAAAAUAUUGAUACAAUUUUUAAUUAUCAUUAUUUUCUAACUGAUUUAUUUAAACAAUUGACUACACUUUAUCAAGAUCAAUUUGGUAAAAAAACAGGCAAACUAACUGUUUAUUGUGGUCAACAAAUAAACGCACAAAAAUUGGAAAAAUUGAAGAUUAAUCAAGGUCGUCUUAUAUCAAUUAAUACAUUUUUCUCAAUAUCAACAUCAUGUUCAGUUGCAGUCGAUUUUUCUGACAAUGGUGAACAUCAGUCUAUGGGUAUUGGAUCUGUUGUCUUUGAAAUUGACAUUGAUCUUAACAAAGCUAUCAAUGAAUUAAUAGAACCGGUCGGAUUUCAUGAUGAAUGGUUUGCUAUUGUACACAGUAAUAUUGGAAUGGUAUUUGAUGCACGUAGUGAGUUGUUCAGUACAAUCUAUAAUGGUAUGGCAACUAUUUUUCAACGGCAAGCAAUAAAACAUUAUACUGCUGCUUGGCAAUGUUAUAUGAAUCGGCAAGCUGCUCAUAGAAAAGAAAUUGCAAUUACUCGUCACAACAUUGCGGUUAUUCAACGAGAUUUUGGUAAUUAUGAACAAGCUUGUACACACUUACACGAAAGUCUUAGUAUUCUAAACGAAGAAGAAUAUGAAAUACGUUCCCAGUUUUGUGCUGCACUUGCCGAAACUUACGUAAAAAUGAAUGAUUGGCCUCAUGCACGAGUUUAUUUUCAAACUGCAAUAGAAUUAGCAGCACAAGCAAAAAAUUCAACUGAAUCAAUCGUUGUCACAUAUAGAAAUAAUCUGGAGAAAAUAAUGUCUAUGAUCGAUAAUAAUACGGUUGAAAGUUCCAUUCAAUAA